AUGUCAACGAAUGAAGCCAAUGUACCAACCUUGCCGCAGCCGAAAAACACGUUUACGAUCAAAGUCGGUCUAAUAGGCGAUGCUCAGGUGGGGAAAACGUCACUUAUGGUUAAAUACGUCGAGAACGUUUUUGAUGAAGAAUACACGCAAACGCUAGGCGUAAAUUGCUUAGAUAAAAAAAUCAAAUUGGGGUCUGCAGACAUUGUUUUCUAUAUCAUGGAUUUGGGGGGACAGCGAGAAUUCAUCAACAUGCUUCCGCUGGCAUCUGAAGGUGCGCGGGCUAUUAUCUUCCUCUUCGACUUGACGCGUCCGGAAACGCUCAAGUCCAUAAAAGAGUGGCAUCGACAAGCCACAGGGUUCAACGAAAUGGCCGUACCGCUACUGGUCGGCACAAAGUAUGAUCUCUUUGUGAACUUCGACCCAGAGUACCAGGUCCAAGUGUCUAAACAGAGUAUGCGAUACGCACAGGCAAUGGACGCUCCGUUAAUAUUUUGUUCUACUUCCCAUUCUAUCAACAUUCAAAAGAUUUUCAAAGUCAUAAUCGCCAAGCUUUACAAUCUGACAAUGCGGGCAUCAGAAAUAAAGCAAAUUGGUGACCCGCUGCUAAUUUACAAACACCUAGGGUCGAAGAGACGAUUUUCAGAAAAUCCGUCGUCAAGAAACUCAAGUUCUCGAACACCCUCACCGCAUCGCUCGCCGUGA